AUGCCCGAGAGGCCGACUGCCACGGGUUACCUAUUGGGGGCAUCAUUGGGAUUAAUAGUUGCUGUCUGGGUCUUUGCCCCAUCAUAUCCUCACGAUCACGACUCGGCAAACGCCAGUACUCGGAAGAAAAAUGUGGUUGGGCUCGUAAAUCCUGCGAACGACUGCUUCAUCAACUCGGUACUCCAGGCGCUGGCUGGGUUGGGGGAUCUACGAGUAUAUCUUAUCCGGGAGACACAUAGGAGGAAGCUCGAUGGGCCCGAAGUGUAUUCACAGCUUGUGAUGGACCCCGCAAGGAGGAACAUGCCACCAUGGAAGGUUGAGGGUCUGCAAGCCGGGAUGGUCACUCAGGGAUUGAAGGAGGUAUUGGAUAAACUGAACGAGCGUCCUAUACAAAGGAAGUCCAUAUCCGCGGCCCCGUUUGUGCAAGUUCUAGAGGCGGCGUUCAAGCAGAGAAUAAGCCGGCAGCAGCAGGAUGCGCAGGAAUUCCUGCAGGUGGUGGCUGAGCGGUUAUGCGAUGAGUAUCAUGCCGGACAUCGAGCGAGGAAGAAUGCGAGGAAGAUACCGAAUGGCACAAGUAUGAAUGGUGGGAGCCCGAACGGUACGAGCCCAGAUGCCACGGGUACGAACAGCCCCUCAGAGCAAGUAUCCGCAGAUCAACAACUGAUUGGGCUUUCCCUCGAGGAUGAGGAAUCGUUGAAUCCCGAAAGUGCCUACCCCAAAGAAGAGGGGUUUCCAUUGGAAGGUGUUUCAGAAUCUCAAAUCGAGUGCUUGACAUGCGGAUUCAAGCCAAACUCCACCAAGUCGACCUUUUGCACCUUAACUUUGAGUGUUCCUGAAUAUAAUUCUACUCUGAGCUCGAUAUUCGACCAAAUGUUCAAGACGGAAUAUAUCGAGGACUUUAAAUGCGAGAAAUGCCGGUUACAGCACGCUAUAUAUACCUUUGAGCAAGAGAUGGCCAAAUCAAACUCGGAGAAGUUCAAAGCAAAGACUCAAAAGGCAAUCGACAGGAUAAAACUUGCAAUCGAGACGGAUCCAGAGGAGCAGCUCCUGGAGGUAGAGUUGCCAGACAGGAAGUUUGCACCCAAACGAAAAAUCGCCAAACAUGUCCAGAUUUCCGAGUUUCCAAAGGCUAUCGCCAUUCAUCUCUCAAGAUCAAUACACGAACUUGGGAAGUCCACAAUGAAAAACUCGUCCAAAGUCUCAUUUGAGGAAAAGCUAUGCUUGGGAGGUCUUACAAAUCGAAGAACGUACAGACUCUCCAGCAUCGUCUGUCACAAAGGCAGCCAUCAAUCAGGACACUACGAGACCUUCCGGCGCCAAGCCAUCCCACAACACUUCCCUGUACACAACGCGUUCAAAAAGUCUGCUGUAUAUAGCAAACCCUCAACUCCAAUAUCCUCACAUAUCUCAACACCACAAGUAGAACCGGUUCAAAGAUUCGGCGAAGUAUCCGGAGACACCAGCACGUUGUCUUCAACACCUGAGCUCCUCUCACCCGCCUCCGCAGCAUCAUCCUCCCCCUCACUACCCUACACGAACGGCCACACACACCUCAACGGCAACGCCCUAUCACCAGUAGCCUCAGGAUCGACCUCCAGCGACACAACAGCUAAGAACCUCGGUCCAACCUCAGCACCUCGAGAUUCAGAAACGAGCAGCAUCCGCUCCAUCGCGCGCUCCGCACGUUCGAGCCUGUCGAAAGUCCCCAGCAUCUCGAGAUCCAAGGCUUCAACGUCUUCUCCGCCAGUAGCCGAAGAAAACGGAACAGCAAAUGUUACCUCUGAGACGAACGGUGCGCCAAAGGAGCUAAAGCCUGCUCUGAAGAAGAAGAAACAGAGCAAUCGAUGGUGGCGGAUUAGCGAUGAGAAGGCUAAGGAGGCGAAGACGAGUGAGGUGCUUGCUAUGCAGCGGGAGGUGUAUCUUCUGUUCUACGAACUGGAUAAGGAUGAAUAG